AUGUCUGGAUUUGAUCUUAGUGAAGUUGCUGGCCCAGUUGCUGAAGUUAUUGAUGACAGAAAUGAAGAUGUUGAUUAUGUUGUCUUUGGUGUUCAAACUCAACCAAAUAAACUUGUUGUUGAUGCUAAAGGAAAGGGAUCACUUGAAGAAGUUAAAGCUGCUCUUAAGGAUGAUGCCCUUCAAUUUGCUUAUUAUAGAACAAUUUCUGGUGAUGAAGAAUCAAGACGUGUUAAAUUUGUCUUCAUUUCAUGGGCUGGUGAAGCAAUUAAAAAACCAAAAUUAAGAGCUGUUAUGUCUAUUCUUAAGGGUGAUGUUAAGAAUAUUAUUAAUUACUUCCAUAUUGAAUUACAUGCCACUUCAUUAGAUGAUCUUGUCGAAGAAGAAAUUGCUGCUAAAAUUAAGAAGGCUGGAGGAGCUGAUUACUCUUUUAAUACCACCUCAAAUUAA